CAUUGCUUUGCUCUAUACAUCAUCUCUCUCUCUCUCUCUCCUGACUCAAUUCGCUUCCUUGUUCUUCACCGUCACUCGAAGGAGCAUUAUACACUCUGCGCCAUAGAGCGCUUCACUCUAAUUCAAGAUGCCUUCUUCAACUAGAGAUUUCCAUCUGGAUCCUUCAGCUCAUUUGAUCGUGGUAUCCAAUCGAUUGCCAGUAACAAUCAAAGCAGAUGCAAGUCAACCGGGAGGAUAUUCAUUCACACUUUCUUCUGGUGGUCUAGUAUCAGCUUUGAGUGGAUGUAAAAAGAGUAUGUCAUUCACUUGGAUCGGUUGGCCAGGAUUAAACGUUUCAAGUAGAGCAGAAGAAGAAUUUAUCGAAAAGAAAUUACGCGAAGAAUAUAGUUGUGAACCUGUUUGGAUUGAUGAUGAUGUGGCAGAUGCUCAUUAUAAUGGAUUUUCAAAUUCAAUCCUUUGGCCGCUCUUUCAUUAUCAUCCAGGAGAAAUGAACUUUGACGAGGAGAAUUGGUUGGCUUAUCGCGAAGCAAAUUUGCUCUUUGCUGAAAAGGUUAGAAGUGUUGUAAAACAAGGAGAUAUGGUUUGGGUACAAGAUUAUCAUUUGAUGCUGUUGCCUUUGAUGCUACGAACGUUGAUCGAAGGUUCAAACUUGCAAGGACAUACCUCACAUCGUGAAUUGGAACACGUACGUCAUGGAGUGGACGGCACCUCACAUCUUCAAGGCUCUGAAGGCCUAGCAGCACCAAAGAAAGAGCCAACCAACAAAUCAUCAAGAAUCACACAAUCAGGAGAAGGGAUCGGAACGUCAGAUGGAGCAGCAUCGCGUGGAGCGAUCAAGAUCGGCUUCUUUUUGCAUACACCGUUUCCCAGUAGUGAGAUCUAUCGUAUCCUUCCGGUCCGCAGAGAGAUCUUGUUGGGAAUCUUGCAUUGCGAUCUGAUCGGUUUCCAUACAUACGAUUAUGCUCGUCACUUUUUGUCGAGUUGCACACGUAUCUUAGGACUUCCAACUAUGCCAAAUGGUGCUGAAUUUGAAGGAAGAUACGUUCAUGUAGGAACAUAUCCGAUCGGUAUCGAACCUACUCAAUUCGAAGAAGGAUUACGACGUGAAAGUGUUCAAACCCGAAUCAAAGCUUUAGAACGCAAAUUUGAAGGAGUAAAGAUUAUCGUUGGUGUGGAUAGAUUAGAUUAUAUCAAAGGAGUUCCACAAAAGUUGCAUGCGCUAGAAACAUUCUUGCAAGAUCAUCCUGAAUGGAUUGGAAAAGUCGUUCUCGUUCAAGUUGCAGUGCCAUCACGACAAGAUGUAGAAGAAUAUCAAAAUUUACGUGCGAUCGUGAAUGAAGCAGUUGGUCGAAUCAAUGGACGAUUCGGAACGGUGGAAAGUAUGCCAAUUCAUUUCUUACACAGAAGUGUCAAUUUUGACGAACUUUGUGCUUUGUACGCAAUCAGUGAUGCAUGCUUGGUAACGAGUACGAGAGAUGGUAUGAAUUUGGUUUCGUACGAAUAUAUUGCAUGUCAAAAAGAAAAACAUGGCGUAAUGAUCUUAUCCGAAUUUGCAGGAGCUGCACAAUCGUUAAACGGAAGUUUGAUCGUAAAUCCUUGGGACAAAUUUGCCGUUGCUGAUGCUAUUCAUGAAGCGCUCACAAUGCCAUCCGAAGCAAAACAAAAGAAUUUUGGUAAAUUGAGUGCUUAUGUUGAAAAACAUACUGCAAGUUGGUGGGGCGUAAGUUUCGUUUCUGAUUUAACUCGAAUCAAAGUCGCCACUGGUUCAUCAUCGCCAGCACCUGGGAGAGGUGAAGUCGCAAGAUAGACAAAGGGGAAAAAAGGUGAGGAGAAAAAGCAAUGUACAUAUGUGCAUGUAAUUUCCAACGUAAAUUAUUGUAUUCAUACAGAUAUAGACGAUCACGUACACAGAAGACAUAUUCUUCUGGUAAUGACAUUAUACUUGAUUAUAGCUGAAAAG